UAGUUAAACAGUAGAAAGCAAAAUGCUCAACGGCGGAUUUGGGAACCUGUUAGGGAGGAAAGGAACAUGGGCCAGCCCAUCCAACAACAAUUCGGAAUACCCCAACAAUACGGGCUUCAAAUCGGGAGAGCUUCAGAGUGCGGAGAACGGUGCUAUGGUAACCACUUGCUCUUCAGUAGUGGGCAUCAAGUUCGAUCGCGGGGUCAUGAUUGCCGCCGACACUCUCGUCUCGUAUGGGAACCUGUCGCGCUUUCAGAACAUCGACCGCGUCUUUAAGAUAAACCACAACAUAUUAUUGGGCGGCAGCGGAGAUUUCCCAGACGUUCAGUGCAUUCACCGAACCAUCGAGCAGAAGAUGUUAGAAGAUCAGUUCUAUGAAAAGAACAUCGACAUGCGUCCGCAAGCCUUGUCCACUUGGCUCACGCGUAUAACCUAUACCCGCAACUUAUGGAUGAAACCACUGUUCGUAGAUCUUGUUGUCGGCGGCAUCGAUGCGGGGGGCAAGCCCUAUUUGGCGAAUGUCAACUUUCGUGGGCGUGCGUUUACGGAUUAUGUUGUGACUGCAGGAUUUGCUCGCGGUAUGGUCGUGCCUCUGGUGCGCCAGAGUAAGCCCCAACGUCGCGAGUUCACCGCUCAGGAAGCUUCGAAUUUAAUAAGCAAAUGCAUGGAGGUAUUGUAUUAUCGUAACGUUCGAAGCAUAUCCCAAUACACCGUGGGCAUUUGUACCGAAAACUGCUGCGACGUUGAGGGGCCAUUCAAAGUUGAUGAAAAGUGGGACGUGGCUGAUAUGAUCAGGGGUUACUAAGUAUGCUGCCAGUAACACAUAUAUAUUUCCUAUUUUCAUACAUUGGUUGCAAAUGAAUUCGUUAAAUUCUUGUUAAGAAAUAAAAGGAUUGCCGAUAAGAUCCCAA